GUUUCUAAGAACAAUCUCUCAAACCCCAUUAUCAGAAAUCCUCUUUACUCACCAUUUUUUCAAACAAAAUAUUAGCAAUGGCAACAAAGAAAGAGAUGGAAGUGGUGAAGGGCGUAGACCUAAAGAGGUACAUGGGGAGGUGGUAUGAAAUAGCUUCAAUUCCAUCAUUUUUCCAGACCAAAAAUGGAGAGAACACAAGGGCUACCUACACUUUGAAUGAUGAUGGUGCCACAGUUCAUGUUCUUAAUGAGACUUGGAGUGGUGGCAAGAGAAGCUAUAUAGAAGGUACUGCCUUUAAGGCUGAUCCUAAUAGUGAUGAAGCUAAGCUUAAGGUCAAAUUUUAUGUCCCUCCAUUCUUGCCCAUCAUUCCUGUUGUUGGGGAUUACUGGAUUUUGUAUUUAGAUGAAGAUUAUACUUAUGCUUUGAUUGGUGAACCCAGAAGGAAGUAUCUUUGGAUACUUUGUAGGCAGACUUGUAUUGAUGAUGAGAUCUACGACCAGUUAGUGAAGAAAGCAAAAGAAGAAGGGUAUGAUGUGAGCAAGCUACACAAGACCCCACAAGCAAACCCACCACCAGAGGGAGAAGAGGGCCCUAAGGACACCAAAGGAAUUUGGCGGAUUAAAUCUCUUCUGGAGAAGUAGAAAAUCCAAACGAAGUAGCACAUGUCUUUGUCAUUCAUCCUGCAGCUGUGUACUAAUGUUGUUUUCUACGUGGAAGUUGAUAUUUUUUCAUGUGUGGUUCAAGUGGAGUUGCUUCCUGCUGCUGUUGUGUGUAUAUAUGUGAUAAGAAACAGCAGGGAAUCCAACAGGAGGAGGAGCAAGCUCAGCCCACCAUCUUCUGUCUAUUAUCUUAAGUCUUUGUCUUGCUUGGAUGUACAUGGUGUUAAUUUCUAGAAAGAGAUUGUGGUGUAGAGUUUUGUUAUCUUUUAAGGAUAAAUUAUCAUUAGUUAAGUGGCCAUAUUUUUGUUUAUCUCUUAA